CUGGGUUAGGGAGCGGGGCUGCGUGGGAGGCGGGCAGGCGGGGGCGCGGAGUUUUGCCACGCUCCCUAAGCGUUCUGCUGAGAGUCAUCAAUUAUGCAAGGGAACGGCGCGCUGCACUGGGGGGAAGGCAGGGGAGGCAGCGCACCAAGAUGGCGACAACCGCAGUUUCUCCUGCAGCCUCCCCACCUCUGCAGUCCAGCAACGCCUUGCAGGAGUCGCGCUAGCGCCGAAGCCACAAGCUGACCUAUCCCGGGCGCAUCAUAACUAAAUAAGUUUCUGCAGGAUGAAAAAAUGGCAGGGCGGCUGCUUGCACCACCAGGCCCUGAUAGUUUUCGACCUUUCACUCCGGAAUCUUUGGCUAACAUCGAGAAGCGCAUCGCAGAAGAUAAGAAGAAGAAGCGCCCUAAGCAAGACAGCAGUCACAGAGAUGACGACGAAGAGAGCAAACCAAAACCAAACAGUGACCUGGAGGCAGGGAAGAAUUUGCCUUUCAUCUAUGGGGAUAUCCCAAAAGGCCUGGUUGCUGUGCCACUGGAGGACUUUGACCCUUUCUAUUUGACGCAGAAAACCUUUGUAGUACUAAACAGAGGCAAAACACUCUUCCGAUUUAGUGCCACGCCUGCCUUGUACAUUUUAAGUCCUUUUAAUCUGCUUAGGAGAAUAGCUAUUAAAAUUUUGAUACAUUCAGUAUUUAGCAUGAUCAUUAUGUGCACUAUUUUGACGAACUGUGUGUUCAUGACUUUUAGUAACCCACCAGAGUGGUCGAAACAGGUGGAGUACACAUUCACUGGUAUAUAUACAUUUGAAUCACUUGUGAAAAUUAUUGCAAGAGGCUUCUGCAUAGACGGCUUCACUUUUCUCCGUGACCCAUGGAACUGGCUAGACUUCAGUGUCAUCAUGAUGGCAUAUGUCACAGAGUUUGUGGACCUUGGGAAUGUGUCAGCCUUGAGAACUUUCAGAGUUCUCCGAGCUUUGAAAACUAUCUCUGUCAUUCCAGGCCUGAAGACCAUCGUGGGAGCCCUGAUCCAGUCUGUGAAGAAGCUGUCGGAUGUGAUGAUUUUGACAGUGUUUUGCCUCAGCGUAUUUGCUUUAAUUGGGCUACAGCUGUUCAUGGGGAAUCUAAGGAACAAGUGUGUCAUCUGGCCCAUUGAUCUCAAUGAGACCUACCUGGAAAAUGGCACCAAGGGCUUUGACUGGGAAGAAUACACCAACAAUGUUUCCAAUUUUUACACAUUACCUGGGUUUCUUGAUCCUUUGUUGUGCGGUAACAGCUCUGACGCAGGCCAAUGCCCCGAGGGCUUUACAUGCAUGAAAGCAGGGAGGAAUCCAAACUAUGGCUACACCAGCUUUGAUACCUUCAGUUGGGCUUUCCUGGCCUUAUUUCGCCUCAUGACUCAGGAUUUCUGGGAAAACUUGUAUCAGUUAACUUUGCGAGCAGCGGGAAAAACCUACAUGAUCUUUUUCGUCGUGGUUAUUUUCGUUGGGUCGUUCUACCUGGUAAACUUGAUUUUGGCUGUGGUGGCCAUGGCCUAUGAAGAACAAAACCAGGCGAUGGAAGAGGCAGAGCAGAAGGAGGCAGAAUUCAAGGCCAUGUUGGAACAGCUGAAAAAGCAACAGGAGGAAGCUCAGGCUGCAGCCAUGGCCACUUCAGCAGGGACAGUCUCAGAAGAUGCUGUGGAAGAAGAGGUGGAGGAAGUGUCCCAGAGCUCUUCUGAGAUCUCCAAGCUCAGCUCUAAGAGCGCCAAGGAGAGGCGGAACAGGAGGAAGAAGCGGAAGCAAAAGGAGCUGUCGGAAGGAGAAGAGAAGGGAGAUGUUGAGAAGGUGUUUAAGUCAGAGUCGAAGAUGGCCUGAGGAGGAAGGUCUUCCGUUUUGCCAGACAACAGGUUGGGGCGGAAACUUUCCAUCAUGAACCAGUCGCUGCUCAGCAUCCCAGGGUCCCCCUACCUCUCCCGGCACAACAGCAAAAGCAGCAUCUUCAGCUUCAAGAGAGGUUUCCGGGACCCGGGUUCAGAAAACGAAUUUGCUGAUGACGAGCACAGCACAGUGGAGGAGAGCGAGGGCCGGAGGGAUUCCCUCUUCAUCCCGAUCCGGGGCCACGAGAGGAAAAGCAGCUACAGCGGUUACAGCGGCUACAGCCAGGGGAGCAGAUCGUCUCGCAUCUUUCCCAGCAUCCGCCGGAACAUGAAGCGGAACAGCACCGUGGACUGCAACGGCGUGGUCUCCCUGAUUGGUGGCCAACCUCCAACAUACCCAAGCGGACGGCUUCUGCCUGAGGUGAAAAUAGAUAAGGCAGCUACUGAUGACAGCGGAACCACUGAGGUGGAGAUUAAAAAGAAAGCUACUGGGUCACUCUUGGUAUCAAUGGACCAGCUGAAUGCAUCCUAUGGAAGGAAGGACCGAACCAACAGUAUAAUGACAGUAAUCACAAAUACCCUUGUAGAAGAACUAGAAGAAUCCCAAAGAAAAUGCCCUCCCUGCUGGUACAAAUUUGCCAACAUCUUCCUUAUUUGGGAGUGCCACCCAUACUGGAUGAAGCUGAAAGAAAUUGUCAACUUGAUUGUCUUCGACCCCUUUGUGGAUUUAGCCAUUACAAUCUGUAUUGUUUUGAAUACUCUGUUCAUGGCAAUGGAACACCACCCCAUGACCCCAGCGUUUGAGCAUGUCUUGGCCGUAGGGAACCUGGUUUUCACUGGAAUUUUCACAGCUGAGAUGUUCCUGAAGCUCAUAGCAAUGGACCCCUACUAUUAUUUCCAAGAAGGGUGGAACAUUUUUGAUGGAUUUAUUGUCUCUCUCAGUUUGCUGGAACUGAUGCUGGCAGAUGUGGAAGGGCUUUCGGUGUUGCGAUCUUUCCGAUUGUUGAGGGUCUUCAAGCUGGCAAAAUCCUGGCCAACCCUGAACAUGUUGAUUAAAAUCAUUGGCAACUCAGUGGGUGCCUUAGGAAAUCUGACCUUGGUGCUGGCCAUCAUUGUUUUCAUCUUUGCUGUGGUGGGGAUGCAGCUUUUCGGCAAGAGCUACAAGGAAUGUGUCUGCAAGAUCAACCCCGACUGUGAGCUUCCACGAUGGCACAUGCACGACUUCUUCCACUCUUUCCUUAUCGUCUUCCGUGUGCUGUGUGGGGAGUGGAUUGAAACCAUGUGGGACUGUAUGGAAGUGGCAGGACAGGCCAUGUGCCUUAUUGUCUUCAUGAUGGUGAUGGUCAUUGGAAAUCUGGUGGUAUUGAACCUGUUCUUGGCCUUGUUGCUGAGCUCUUUCAGCGCAGACAACCUUGCAGCGACAGAUGAUGACGGCGAGAUGAACAACUUGCAGAUCUCUGUCAUCCGGAUCAAGAAAGGCAUUGCCUGGGCCAAGAUCAGAAUGCACGAGUUCGUGCAGACCCACUUCAAGCAGCCGGAGGCGGAUGAGGUGAAGCCACUGGACGAGCUGUAUGACAAGAAGAUGAACUGCAUCGCCAACCACACCGGCGCCGACAUCAACCGGGAGAUCGAUUACCAGAAGAACGGCAAUGGCACCACCAGUGGCAUUGGCAGCAGCGUGGAAAAGUACAUAAUUGAUGAAGACCACAUGUCUUUCAUCAACAACCCUAACCUCACCGUCCGUGUCCCCAUAGCUGUGGGUGAGUCUGACUUUGAGAACCUGAACACGGAAGAUUUCAGCAGUGACACCGACCCCGAUGGCAGCAAAGAGAAACUGGAUGAUACGAGUUCGUCGGAGGGCAGCACCAUCGAUAUAAAGCCUGAGGCAGAAGAGGUUCCUGUGGAAGCACCAGAAGAGUAUCUGGAUCCUGACGCAUGUUUCACAGAAGGCUGUGUUCAGCGGUUCAAGUGCUGCGAAGUCGGCAUUGAAGAAGGGUGGGGCAAGUCUUGGUGGAACUUACGAAAGACAUGCUUUCUUAUUGUGGAGCAUAACUGGUUUGAAACGUUCAUUAUCUUCAUGAUCUUGCUAAGCAGUGGAGCCUUGGCCUUUGAGGAUAUUUACAUAGAACAGAGAAAGACCAUACGGACUGUCUUGGAGUAUGCAGACAAAGUCUUCACUUACAUCUUUAUCCUCGAAAUGUUGUUGAAGUGGUGUGCCUAUGGAUUCGUGAAGUUCUUCACUAACGCCUGGUGCUGGCUAGAUUUCCUCAUUGUAGCAGUCUCUUUAGUCAGCCUUGUAGCUAAUGCCCUUGGCUACUCGGAACUAGGUGCCAUUAAAUCCCUUAGGACACUCAGAGCUUUGAGGCCUUUAAGAGCGUUGUCCCGAUUUGAGGGGAUGAGGGUGGUUGUGAAUGCCUUGGUGGGAGCUAUACCAUCCAUUAUGAAUGUGUUGUUGGUCUGCCUUAUCUUCUGGCUGAUUUUCAGCAUAAUGGGGGUUAAUCUUUUUGCUGGGAAGUAUCAUUACUGCUUUAAUGAGACGUCCGAGUAUCGAUUCGAGAUAGAAGAAGUCAACAACAAGUCAGACUGCGAGAAGCUCAUGAAUCCCAACGAAACGGAGAUCCGAUGGAAGAACGUGAAGAUUAACUUUGACAAUGUUGGUGCAGGGUACCUGGCCCUUCUGCAAAUUGCAACCUUUAAAGGCUGGAUGGACAUAAUGUAUGCAGCAGUAGAUUCUAGAAAGCAAGAUCAGCAGCCCAAGUAUGAGGACAACAUCUAUAUGUACAUCUACUUUGUCAUCUUCAUCAUCUUCGGAUCCUUCUUCACCUUGAACCUCUUUAUCGGUGUCAUCAUUGACAAUUUCAAUCAGCAGAAGAAAAAGUUUGGAGGUCAGGAUAUCUUCAUGACAGAGGAGCAGAAGAAAUACUACAACGCCAUGAAAAAACUGGGCUCCAAGAAACCUCAGAAGCCAAUUCCAAGGCCUCUGAAUAGAGUCCAAGGAGCUGUUUUCGACUUUGUCACCCAGCAAGCGUUUGACAUACUGAUCAUGCUGCUCAUCUGCCUCAACAUGGUGACUAUGAUGGUUGAGACGGACACGCAGAGCAAACAGAUGGAAGAAAUCCUCUACUGGAUCAACCUGGUCUUUGUUAUCUUUUUCACGUGCGAGUGUGUGCUGAAAAUGUUCGCCUUGCGUCACUACUACUUCACUAUUGGCUGGAACAUUUUUGAUUUUGUGGUUGUCAUUCUCUCCAUCGUGGGUAUGUUCUUGGCUGAAAUCAUAGAGAAAUACUUUGUGUCACCUACUCUCUUCAGAGUCAUCCGCCUGGCCCGUAUUGGCCGCAUCCUGCGCCUGAUCAAAGGAGCCAAAGGGAUCCGCACCCUGCUUUUUGCCUUAAUGAUGUCUUUGCCUGCCUUGUUCAACAUUGGUCUCCUGCUCUUCCUAGUUAUGUUCAUCUUUUCCAUCUUUGGGAUGUCCAACUUUGCCUACGUCAAACACGAGGCUGGCAUCGAUGACAUGUUCAACUUUGAGACUUUUGGCAACAGUAUGAUUUGCUUGUUCCAGAUCACUACCUCAGCUGGGUGGGAUGGUUUGCUUUUGCCCAUCCUCAACAGGCCACCGGACUGUGAUUUGACUAAGGAACAUCCCGGGAGUGGUUUCAAAGGCGACUGCGGGAAUCCCUCAGUGGGGAUCUUCUUCUUUGUUAGCUACAUCAUCAUCUCCUUUCUGAUUGUGGUGAAUAUGUACAUUGCCAUCAUUCUGGAGAACUUCAGUGUAGCUACAGAGGAGAGCGCCGACCCGCUGAGUGAAGACGACUUUGAGACCUUCUACGAGAUCUGGGAGAAGUUUGACCCCGACGCCACACAAUUCAUUGAGUACUGCAAGCUGGCAGACUUUGCCGACGCUUUGGAGCACCCUCUUCGCGUCCCUAAGCCCAACACUAUUGAACUCAUUGCCAUGGACUUGCCGAUGGUGAGCGGGGAUAGAAUCCACUGCUUGGACAUCCUGUUUGCCUUUACCAAACGGGUGCUGGGCGAUAGCGGCGAACUGGACAUCCUGAGGCAGCAGAUGGAGGAGAGGUUUGUGGCUUCCAAUCCAUCCAAAGUGUCUUACGAACCUAUCACAACCACACUGCGGCGCAAGCAGGAAGAGGUCUCUGCAUUGGUCAUCCAGAGGGCGUACCGGGCUCGCUUAGUAAGGAGGGGCUUUAUUUACCGAAAGAACGUCUCCAAUAAGAUGGAAAACGGAGGGACAAACAGGGAGAAAAAAGAAGGUACCCCGUCCACAGCGUCCCUCCCAUCCUAUGACAGUGUGACUAAGCCUGAAAAGGAGAAACAGCGAGCCGAGGAAGGGAGACGGGAAAGAGCGAAAAGGCAAAGAGACACCAGGGAACCCAAAUAUUGAGAUGAUCCGUAACAUUAAUAACUCUAGGGAAAAAAGUAUGAACGGAAAAGAUUGUUUACAAACAUCCCGAUAAAAUAUAUAUCAAUAGUGAACAGCUGUGGAGACACUUUACCUGAAGAUCCUAUACCAAACAUAGUCUGCUUACUGUGUGACCAUGUUGCAUCUCAAAGCAGUGAUCUACCACCUGUUUAACGGACCCAUCUAGGCAAAUAUAUUUAAAAAAACAGGAAACAAUGCAAAGGCGGGGUAAAAAAAAAAGGAUUUUAUACUGUUUGGGCAGGUGGAUACUGCAUGUUCCACAUCAGUCAAUGCAACUUAGGACAAACAAGCAAAAUAAAACACACACAAACACACACACACACUUAAGGAAAAACAAACAAACCUGCUGCUUUAGGAUUCGUAUAUAUUUUUUCUGAAGCAGCCAAAAUGGAUUUUAUUUUUCUCAUUUUAUUGAAAGGAAACCCAGAACAAAAACAAAAAACAAAAAUCACUUUGAAGGGUUGGGUUGCUCAUGCAAAACUAGAUUUUCAUACUUGACAUUUAGUUUAAGCACCAAAAAAAACAAAAAAAACAAAAAAAUUAGAACAAGGGGGGGAAACAAAUUGAGCAACGACAAAAAGCUGAAAUGAAACGACACAUAUUUAGCCCAUGUCAUUUAAUCAUCAUAGUUCCUUUGGUAUUUAUUAUCUGCAUACUUCUUUAUUAUAUGGGCUUCACCAUGGUUUGGGAGAUGGGGAUAAUCAGGUGUUUUCAGCCUGCCAAAACUCGCUCAGGCUGAUUCCAAAAAUAAAAUUAAAUAAAAUUGUGCUCGUUUCAAUGCAUAGAAAUGAUUUGCAUGAUGGCAUGCUGUGAUCAGGAAUCAUGCAUGAGGAAUCAUAAAAUCACAAGACACUCAAUAUGCUGUCCAGGCCUUGCGUUAAGCCAUAUGUUCGAGGCACUCCACUGACUACGGCACACUGUAUUGGGAGAGUUACUCUUAGCUAUGCCCUUCUGCCAAGUUACCAAUCCUUAGAUCUUUCCAUGCACCUCCUCUAGGAAGAACAAAAAUGUGAAACCAACCGACGGAGACCUGUUUAUGUGUAUGUUUAUUAACCAUGCAGCCAUAUAUUGUUUUGCACUUUUUAAAAGAAACACGGCAAAAACAGAAAAUGCUGCUCUUAAAAGCCUUCUGAUGGAAAAAAAAUACCAUGCAGCCAUGGUUUCUUAAUACAAUGUUGCUGUCAAAGAGUGCUUUAGGGCUUCAGGAAAACCCACCCGGUAGUUUUGUUUCCUGCAAUACUCGCAAUUACUCUUUAGCCUCCAUUCUGCAGCGUAGGUAACUUUCCCCCCUCCCCUGUUAGAGAUGAAAAAGUGCUAUCGGAAACAGCACGUUAUCUUUCAAAGGUGCAAUUUUCAGCAGAUCUAUAAAGCAAUUUUAUCGAGGAGGGUAGGGUUACGACAGGGAAGUUUACAGCACUGUGUGCCGUAUCUACAUGCCGACGGUUGCGUCCUUUGGGAUCGUUCUGAUGCAAGGAACUCAACAACGGGGCACGAGCAGAUUCCCAGAAAAGUUGCCUCUACUUAAGUGUUCUUCCAUUGACAGAUUUCCUGCAGCUUGCAGUCUUGACUUUGCACGGUUUUCUUUGCUUUUUGCAUUUGUUUGUUUAUUUUUUUACAGGAAAAGCAAACCAAAAUGCUAGCAACAAUAACCAUAAUGUUAAAAACCAACGUUUAGUAGAAACAUCUCACAUUUGAUGAGCAAAGUAGCCGUGUGACAUGGGUGCAGCGCUGAGAGAGAAAGUGUCCUAUAUGUCGUGUGCCUUCACCAACUUUGCAUUUCAUCCCACAUUGUUGUCAUAAUUUUAACCAGUCCUGCAAAAUUCAGGUAGGGAUGAAAGAGCUACCUCUCAACUAGUCUUAACUCUAAAUUGACGGGAUUCUCACCCCGGGGGGGUUGGGGGUGGGGUGGGAACUAAGUUUUGUGUUUCUAGUUAGUACCUGGGCAUCUCAAUAUUUUGAAAUGUUUCAUUGUGUCACCUUCAACAAGUCGAUCAUACUGAGAAUUCAGUUGUGUGGGUUUUUUCUUUGUUUUUUAAGGGCACAGGCUUGUGGAGUAGUUUCUCGCUGAUGGGCCAAAGGUUGUAUUGCACUAUAAUCAAGACUCUGUUCCAUCAUGCAGCUGAAAAGAGAAGGCAUAGGCUGCUAUGAAUCGUUUAGAACGCCUGGUUGCAAAAAGGGAGGUGUACUGAAUUUUUUUAUAGGGCACGAUGAAAGAAAACAAGCUGUUUGAAUGUGGACCAAAUAAAUUGUAUCUAUAAAAGGGCAAAAACACACACACAAAAUAAUCACUCAAAAUAUUCCAAAAGCAAAACAGACAAAUAGCAAUGCCUUUUAGAUAGCUGGCAGAGGCUUGACCUAUAGAAUCUCGCAGCCUAGAUGCCCGCAACAAGGGUCAUGUAGAAAGCAAGCCAUUCGGUAGACAUCUGUGCCAAGUUGGACUUUUUAAAUGCAUAGUCUAGCUAUCGUGAAAUCAGUGGAAGAAUUCUGCUGUACCAGAUACCACAAGGAACAAAACAUUUCUAUCCUGUUAGACUUACCCCACUUACUCCUACAAUGUGUAUAAUAAAAUAAAAAUAAAAAAACAUGCAUAUGUACAGGCAACAUUGUAAACAGCACAACAACAACAAAAGCUGAAAAAUGUGGUUGAACUUUUUAAAAGAAUAUUAUAAAUACUGUAAUAUAUCAUUUUAUUUUAUUGGCAUGCCUUUUUGUAAAUAACAAAGGACUACAAAAAAUUAAAUAGAAUGGCUUCUGGCAUAUGCCACUGUCCAUGUUUAAUUUUAUAUCUAUAUAUAAUACAUUUUUUUCUCUCUUUCUUUUUUCCACUUUUGAGACAAUGUCAACUUAUGUACAUCCCCACAGGGAGAGGAGAUAAAGCCUCCCAAACAGACACAGAGCAAAGCUUUAUUGCAAAGUUACCUUUACAACAACGGAAAUAUUUAGACUAUAUUUUGGUUUCUGAGGUGCAAUAUAUUUUGACCACUUCUAUGCAAGAUUUGGCGAACUGUCAUAAUUGUUCUUUAGCUGGACUAUUGUUCCAUAUGGAAAGCUUGGUACAUGUAGUGUUUCUGCUGUCAAAUUUUACUAAGCAAUUUUUAGUAAAAAUGCCCUGCAAUCUAUA